AGCCUGGGCGAAGGCUCACCCCAAGAAAUUAAAAACCCCAUUCAUGUACUGCUUAUUCCCCCUUACUCCAUUUCCCAAAUCAAGUUGUGAACUGACACUAGACAAUUUUCCGCUGACUUUUCCCAUGUGGUGUAAGUGUCGUGUGGUUUCGUUCUCUGUUCCUCUGUCUGUAACAACUAGACCCUCGUAUCAAUAGUGCACCAGCAGGAGCUGACAAUUCAUGGUUAAGCUUCAACUUCAAUUGAAGUAGAAUGGCAAUGGCCUAUGCUUCGGCCACGUGCCAGCCACGUGAAGGAAGGCUCCGGAGGAACACCGAGGGGGCGCAAUGGUGAACAAACCUGCGACGUCUUAAAACAGAGCAGCUCUCGGGGAGAAGGACGAACGCCAUGGCGCGCCGUCGUGGAGGCAUCUUGGAUGCCCUGCAGCGGUCGCGCUGUAAUAGACACUACCUCUUCACGCGAAUAAUAGGGGCGAUGAUAAACCUGGCCCUGUUCUUUCCGGGCAACAUAGGCGUAAGACUGAUAACAGAGGCUAACGGCUAUCGGUAUUUACCAGAGCAAAGGCGUAAUAAACAGAGGAGAUACCACGACCUGAAGAUAACCAGGAGACGACCGACGUCAACAAAACUAGCAUCUUCGGAAAGAACAAUUGCUACAGACGAAAGAACAAUUGCUACAGACGAAAGAACAAUUGCUACAGACGAUAGAGAGAAAAUGUCUGGAGGUCUGAAGCACCUACCAAAAGUUUCUACAGCGGAAUCGAUAGUACAGGAAGGAAAUAAGCAGGACGAUGGCAGGAGAGAGGAGGAGUCGCAAUCUCUAUCUGCUUUGGAGAUGCGCCCCGAGCCUCACCAACCGCCUGCCUUCAAUCUGAAGGAGGAGUUAGGACGUCGGACGAGGAGACGGCCUGCACGUCCGCGUACCGUCAUCGAAGGUCGUGACACCGCAGAUGAAAGGGUGACUCCUGUGCCCGGUGGAAGUAGGGAGAAUAAUGCUACUUCCGCCGCUGCAAUACCAAUAGAUAGACCGCCGAAAGAAGAAUAUACCGUCUCGCUCUCGGUCUCGCAGCUGCUGGAGGAGAAGCCGCGCAAGCACGAUGUGAGUGACCUGCCCCGGCGCAGACGUAGGGAAGAGCACUCAACAUCCAGUGAAGACGAGGACGGUGGACUGCAAGAGUAUGAUCACGAUGACGAACUACAACACAAUAUUGCACGAGAAGAGCAUGAUCUGCCUGGAGCAAAAGGUGAAAUGUACCAGCAAGGCACGACUCCGGACGAGAGCGACCGCUGGCUCGGAUCCCGUGUAACGUCGACAGGGAGACGGUCUCGUCCCACGCUUGCAGCUACAAGCGGAUCAUGUUCGGGAAUACAAAUGGAUUCAGGACAACCGGGACCCUCACCUUCUCCUAGUAAUCAUCAGGAGGGUCAGGCUGUAGAGCAUUAUAAACACGAGGGUAGUACCCUUCUAGAACAAACAGCCAGGAGCGUUGCAGGAGGAGUUAAAAAUCAAGCUACUCCCAGUAGCAGUGAGGACCAAGAAGAGCAGGAGUUUCUCGAUCCUGAAAUAAGUUUUGGAACAAGUGCAGGACCCGAACAAACACGAACCAACGUAGAAGGAGAUAAAGACCGCGGCCCUUCCGAGGACUCUCAGUCGACUCUGACUGCUUCGGCACGACCAGAAGAUUCAGACUCAGAUGAGUAUCCUCUGCACGACCCAAAAGUUAGGAAUAACCCCCCCAGAUUGAUAUCAAAUCCAACAACCCCCGUCAUUUCUACGGAACCCGGUGGAGAUGGCGACUUUAGUAGUGACAUUGAAGUUGUGGCCACGAAAAAGACAUCAACAGCACCAGCUGCCCAGUUCGAUUCCGAUGCGAAUCCCCAGGGCCAGGGCGACCACUGGCGCAUUAUAGGAACAACACGGCGACCUGGUAAUGGAACUACUAGGAACGAAGAGUCCAUACUUCUGCAGCUUGACCAUACGGCCAAGAUGAAAGCAAAAACCACCGCCCGCCGAGUAGGAGUGCAUUUGUUGCAGCAAAAGACGAGCAUGAGCAGACAACAGCAACAGGUGAAACUGGGUAUGGACGCCGGCGGCUUGGCUGGCAUUGCGAUUCUGUGCACGGUCGGAGGCAUGGGUUUGCUGUUUAUGACGUUGUACUGCCUCGGCGUCCUCGAGUGCAACAGCGAUUCGGAGUAUGACUACGAGGAGAAGCGAAGACAGGAAGCCAGGCGGGCCAACGAGUACUGGAAGGCUUCCAAUCCCGUGAUACCCAUGCCCGGCAACUACAAUAACCACAAGGAUCCGAACAAGCAGUCGCACGGCAACCGAGAGCAUCUCGGCGGCGUGGCUGCCGCCAUGAGGGCCGCCGACAAGUUGAAGAAGGGUCUGAAGUCGAGGGACCGCAAGGACGACAAAGACAAGAGGAAAAAGAAAGGGAAGGACACCACAACUACCACGUCCGACUCGGAGUCCGACUCGAGUCACCGGAAAAAGAAGAACAAAGCGGGAGGGCGUGAUCACGGUAAGGACCAGCAUCAUGACGGGAAGAAGGGCAAGAGGAGCAAGCAACAAGCCACAACGACCGAGACUACGGACUCCGUGGAGGAGUCCGAUUCGGAUUUUACCAACCCGUUUGCGGUAAACCACAAGGCCGGGCCGCCCGUGCAGAAAAGGGCGGGUCCCGGGUUUGCAGAGCGGGUCUCGAUGACGCAAGCUGCCCAUGCCCACGGCGCACUCAACGCCCGGGCCUCGGCGUUUCUCAACUUGGCCGGGUUCGGAGUGAACAAAGGCAAUAAAGCGAAACCCCAGAAGAAGAAACCGCCGAAUAAGAAGGAAGCCGCGCACACCACCGAUGGGGAACACCACGACACCUCUAGCAAAUCGCAAGCGUCAUCGAGAAAGGCGAACGCAGGAGGAGCGGUGCACGCGCUACGGUUCGACGAAACCGAUUCGGCGCCAAAAGGAUCCCCCAAGAUAGACGCGAAGGAAGCGAAAAGACAAGAGAAAGAAGCAAAGGAAAGAAGUAAAAAGGAAGAGAAACCUUAUCCACCGGAAAUUUGGCUGUCAGGCGGUUUCUUUUAAUUUUUUCAAGGGACCAGACAAACGUGGACGUGCAUUUUGCGCCGCUGGCAUUAACUUUUGUAUUUGUUCUCCACCAGGGUCUCAAUUUGUGCGUGUUAUCUUGCAUCUUCAUAAUUAUCACGAUGCCUUGCGCCAGAGCCAGUAAUGUAAACAAGUUACAGGAGAAACGUGUUGUGCGCACUCUCUCAUGAUGACUGAGGCUUUCUGUGAUUGCGUGCUGUGCCAUGAUCAUUGUUUUUUCUACAUCAUUGAGCAAGAAAUGGGAACUUUUCUUCCACGUAUGGGUAUGCGAGUCCUGCUCUUGAACAUCAAUAUCUUUCGCUGACUCCAACUUUUGCUUGCAUACGCUGAAGAAAGAAAAGAAGGAUGCCGGCAAGGAGGAUAAGAAGGAGAAAAAGAAAGGCCAUGCUCCUGACAGUGACGACACCAAUAAUAGUGGCUUUUUUGGCAAGAAAAGGAGCAUGGACACUCGAAGGAAAAAAGAGGCCGUACAACAAGACUUUGAUGUCAUCCCCAGUAGCCAUUUUGAUCCCUAGGAAAAAUGUAUUUCUUCUUCUUCCUUUACUUUCUUUCUGAUUUGUUCUCUUUGCUUCCUCAUUCUAGUAUUAGAAAUACACUAAAAAUUAGAUAAACUUACACGUUUGACUGUCCGCAAAGGCAGGUGUGGAAGAGCUAGAACAUCUCUUACUCUUUUGAAUCAUUAUCACUUCUAUUCAUUGCUACAAG